UAUUGCUGACAGUCACAAGCGGGUGAGACAUGGACAGAGAGAAAUUACUGUGUUUUAACUGAACAAAAAGGUAUCUGAGCCUGGCAGUAUGAGAGGAGCAGAUAUGAUUAUCCUGUGUCUCCUAACAGCACUGAUCACAUCCAGCACAGCAGUUGGCAGUGAUGAGUGUAACGCGAGGUCAUUCGGUCAGAGCUCAGUGGUGUGUGAAUGUAAUGCAACACACUGCGACUCAGUGGGCCGUGUUAGCUUACCAGCUGUGGGUCAGUUCCUGUCAUUCCUGAGCAGCAGGGCGGGCAGCCGGCUUCAGAGAGAGCAGGGUCAGGUGCAGAGGAACAGCACUGGGGCCGCUCUUAGGCUGACUCUGGUCCCUACAGAAAAGUACCAGCAUAUUAAGGGCUUCGGAGCAGCCGUGACGGAUGCGGCUUCCAUGAAUAUCCUCUCUCUGUCUGCCAAGGCACAGGACCAGCUUCUGCGCCAAUACUUCUCCCCUGAGGGAAUAGAGUACAAUGUGGUCCGAGUGCCCAUGGCCAGCUGUGAUUUUUCCACUCGUUUAUACACGUACGCUGACUUGGCCGGAGACUACAGCUUGCUCAAUUUCAGUCUGGCAAAGGAAGACACAGAUAUGAAGAUUCCCAUAAUGCAGCGGGCACAAGCGCUGUCUGAUCGUCCUCUGUCUCUGUUCGCUUCUGCCUGGAGCGCUCCGGCCUGGCUGAAGACCAAUGGUGCACUCACUGGCAAAGGCUCACUUAAGGGCCAUCCAGGCGGCAAGGAACAUAAAACCUGGGCACAGUACUAUAUCAGGUUUCUGGAAGAAUACGCAAAGCACAACCUUUCAUUCUGGGGCUUGACAACAGGAAACGAACCCACAGCGGGUGAAAUGACAAAUUAUAGCUUCCAGGCUAUGGGCUUUACUCCAGAAACUCAGCGUGAUUGGAUUGCAAUGGACCUCGGUCCUGCUCUCAGUUCUUCUUCAUUUGCCAAAAUCCGACUGAUGAUUCUGGAUGAUCAGAGAUUGCUGCUUCCUCACUGGGCCAAAGUGGUUCUGAGUGACAUUCAUGCUGCUCGCUACGUUCAUGGAAUUGGUGUUCACUGGUACUGGGACAAGCUCACUCCUGCCAGACUCACUCUGGCCACCACACAUAGCCUAUAUCCAGAGUACUUCCUGUUUGGCACGGAGGCGUGUUCUGGUUGGAGCAGUCUUGACCGUGGUGUACGGUUGGGCAGUUGGGAAAGAGCUGAGGAUUAUGCCCACGACAUCAUAGAGGACUUGAAUAACUAUGUGACGGGGUGGACUGACUGGAACUUAGCACUUGAUCUACGAGGUGGACCAAACUGGGUUAAGAAUUUUGUGGACAGCACUGUUAUUGUGGACCCCAGCAAAGAUGUCUUCUAUAAGCAACCGACGUUCUAUAGCAUGGCCCAUUUCAGCAAAUUUCUGUUGGAGGGGUCUCAGAGAGUGGGCGUGUCCCUUUCACAAAACACCGAUUUGGAAAGCAGCGCCUUCAUCCGACCUGAUGGCUCAGCAGUGCUGAUCAUAUUGAACAGAUCUGAUGCUGAGGUGAAGUUUGAAGUUUGGGACCAGUCACUGGGAUUUCUGCCAGCCAGCGCUCCUCCUCACUCCAUCCUUACCCUGCUGUGGGCCACGUCCUGAUUACCAGUGCACUUUAAUCAAGGACAGGAGUAACAACACAAGACUUUAGGCUCCAUGUUUCUGCUUCCAGUAACAGUCUAAUCACACUCAAAAUACUGAUCCCUCAGCUAUUUCAGUUAUGAUUGUUAUUAAUCAUAAUUAAAGCCAUUUCAAUUACAUACUGUUUCUUACACUGAUUAACAAUUAAAAUAAAAUGAUAGUUGUUAAUCAGAUGGUUCACUAAUUAUGGCAAUGUUUAAUGUUUUAUCUGGGUACUUCAGGGGUCCCUCAUUUUAGACAGUUGGAAUUCUAGAUAAACCAUUUUCCAGAUUUAGUUUAGAGUGGAUUUUCAUUACAGUGGAUUCAGACCCCUUUAAUUUUUACUUUGUGUUGUGAAUUCGAUUGUAAUUUAUAUAUUUGCCUUUUUAUCAUGAAGUGCAAACAUGUUUUACAGUUUUCCAAAAUGUAUUACCAAUCUCAUAUUUACAAAAAUAUUAAGACCCUGUAUUCAAUACCUUGUACAGGCCCCAUUGGCAGUGAUUACAGUCUUGUGAUGGAUGAGCAUAUUUAGGUCUCUCCACACAUGUUAAAUGGGGUUUUAGUCUGGGCUUUAGACUAAGUCACUUAAACAUCAAACCAUUUAAUGUUCUUCUUCAAUCCUUUAUUGGCUGUCUUGCAACUCUGCCGUACUUUUGUGAAGCAGAGAUUUCCAUUUCUGAUCUCAAACACAUUUUCACGCUGUCAUUAUUGGGGAUUAAAGUGAGUUUAACAGUAGAUUGGGUUUAAUGGGCAAUCAACAUCAAAUCCACAGCACAAUAAAAGUCAAAAUCCACUGUAUGUCACCCAGGAGUGCCGUGAAAUUUGCGCUGCCCAAUGAUAUUCUUUUGUAACAAAAUUGCUAUGGUCUUUUAGUCAGCAAAAGUUGAUAAAAUCUUAAUGAAAAAUAUGAGUAAACAUGGUAUUUAUAGAUUUACCCCUCACUUAAGGCCAAUUGUCUUUUUCAGAAGAGUUUGGCAUUGUGGUCACAGUGUGCACACUGUAUAAUCAAUACCAAUCUGUAAUUCUAUUAUUGUGCAAAUUGCAGUGAUGAAUUUCACAAAAUCUGACUGAACUGUAUGUAUGCUGUGCAUAAGAUGAAUGAUUUUGAAUAAACACAAUUCUGAAUGUAAAUGCAA